CUUGCUAAUUUGUUCAUGAUUAAUCAACAAUACACAAACCAAUACAGAAGUUGGCUUGUUAGUGUUGAGUUUUUGACCAUUGAGUUCAAAUAAUGGGUAUUGGAAACAAGGAAGAAGUAUUGAAAGUGAAAAUAAGAAAAGAGGAAGUGGUGGUAGCAGCCAUGCUUCCCAUGCAAGACCAUUGGCUACCACUCUCAAACCUUGACCUUCUUCUUCCACCGCUUGAUGUUGGUGUUUUCUUUUGCUAUGAUAAUACAACAAUGAGCUUUGGAUCAAUGGUGGGGUCCCUUAAGAAUGCAUUGUCUGAGGCUUUGGUUUCCUAUUAUGUCUUUGCUGGUGAGGUGGUGCAAAACUCCAUGGGUGAACCUGAGAUUCUUUGCAAUAACCGUGGGGUUGAUUUUAUUGAGGCUGAGGCUGAUGUUGAUCUCCAUAAUCUUAACCUCUAUAACCCUGAUGAAUCCAUUGAAGGCAAGUUUGUUCCAAACAAGAAGCAUGGCGUCCUUGCUGUUCAGGCAACUUCACUAAAGUGUGGUGGGUUAAUAGUAGCAUGUAGUUUUGACCAUCGCAUCGCAGAUGCUUACAGUGCAAACAUGUUUCUCGUAUCAUGGGCCCAACUAUCGCAGCCCACAAAGCCCACCAUCUUAACUCAUCAACCUUGUUUUCGUCGCUCCCUCCUCAGCCCACAACGCCCCCCUUCAAUCCACCCUUCAAUNUAUAUAUUUUUUUUUAAUCCAAUAAUACAAUAUAUAGGUUGCAACAAAAGGGUGAGUGUUGCUAAGAUGGGUGUGAUCGUUGAUGGAAGAAGGAGACUUAGCAAUGGCAAGAAGAUGAAGGAAGCAAUGAUGAGUUCUUACUUUGGAAACGUGCUUUCCAUUCCAUUUGAUGGCAAACCAAUAAACGAGCUGGUGGAGAAGCCGCUGAGUGUGGUGGCGGAGGAGGUUCGCGAAAUCGUAAAGGCAGCGGCUACGGAAGAACACUUCUUAGGACUAGUUGACUGGGUGGAAGCACUCCGGCCAAUUCCAGCAUUGACCCGAAUUUAUUGUGAAACCGGUGAAGGUCCAUGUUUUGUGGUGUCUUCGGGACAAAGAUUUUUCGAGUCAAAGGUUGACUUUGGUUGGGGAGAGCCUGUGUUUGCAUCGUAUCAUUUUGCAUGGGGUGGUGAUUGUGGAUAUGUUAUGCCAAUGCCUAGUCCUAAAGGAAAUGGUGAUUGGGUGCUCUACAUGCACCUCCACAAUAAGCUUUUGCAAUUCAUAGAGUCUCAUUUUUCUCAUGUCUUUCAACCUUUAUCUUGGGACUACCUUAAUUAGCUUGCUAAAUAAUGUUGAAUCAUCUUGUUUAAAGUUUGGUUUAAGUAAAUAUAUGUAUGUUGUUACCAACUUUUACAUAAUUAUUCUUUAUCAUUUGGA